UAGACCCAAGCAGAGCAGCAAUUGGGACCAGGCACACACACAUACACAAAGGACAUACAAGACAGAGACCAGCACAGGCUGCCAACAUGAGGUUAUUUCUUCUUGUCACUCCUUUUCUGUGGUUGCUCUGUGAAGGAAAUGUCAUUGUGCUCAGGGAAAUGUAUGGCGAGAUCAGAACCCCCAAUUUUCCAGAUUCUUAUCCCAGUGAAAUGGAGGUUACCUGGAAUAUCACUGUCCCAGAGGGAUACAGGAUUAAGCUGUACUUCAUUCAUUUUGACUUGGAGCCCUCUUACUUAUGCGAGUAUGAUUAUGCCAAGGUGGAAACUGAUGAACAGGUAUUGUCUGUGUUCUGCGGAAGGGAAAGUACAGAUACUGAGCAGGCCCCAGGGCAGCAGGUCAUUGUGUCUCCGGGGAACUUUCUGAGUCUUACCUUCAGGUCAGACUUUUCCAAUGAAGAACGUUACACAGGAUUUGAUGCACAUUAUAGUGCAAUUGAUGUGGAUGAAUGUGCAGAAAAGAACGAUGAAGACAUGGUCUGCGACCAUCAUUGUCAUAACUAUAUUGGUGGAUUCUACUGUUCAUGCAGAUUUGGUUACCUUCUUCACUCAGAUAACAGGACCUGCAAAGUGGAGUGCAGCGAUAACUUGUACACACAGAGGAGUGGAAUCAUUUCCAGUGCCGAUUUUCCAAGCCCCUAUCCGAAGAGCUCUGACUGUCUGUACAGAAUAGAGCUGGAGGAAGGAUUUGUUGUCAAUCUUCAGUUUGAUGACAACUUUGAUAUUGAAGACCAUCCAGAAGUUUUAUGUCCAUAUGAUUAUGUGAAGAUCAAAGCUGGAAGAAAAGAAUUUGGUCCAAUAUGUGGAGAGAAAUCCCCUGGUAGAAUAGAAACGGGAAGUAACAGUGUUCAGAUUCUGUUCCACAGUGAUAACUCAGGAGAGAAUGGAGGAUGGAGGCUGUCUUAUACCGUCACAGGUAUCUCCUGUCCUGACCUAAGACCCCCUACAAAUGGUAAAAUUGAACCUACUCAAUUGGAAUACACCUUCAAAGACCAAGCAGUAAUCACCUGUAACCCUGGGUAUCGAAUUAUGAAGGACAGCAUGGAAAUGGAAAGUUUCCAGAUUGAGUGUAGGAAAAAUGGAACAUGGAGUAAUGAGGUUCCAAGAUGUCAAAAAAAGGAUGUGAGGAUGAGCUGAAGACUCGAAUGAGAACAAGUUGCCAUUGGCCUGUUGUCAUUUGCCCAAUGUUAAAGAACACUUUAUAUUAACUGCACAAGACAGAUGAGUGCAUGAAAAGCACAGGAUCUACUGGAGGUCUCCGGCUGGAGUCACUGCAUAUAAUAAGGGGGCCGCUCUAUAUUCCAGUUCAGUCUGUUGCUCUCAUUAAAUUCUCCGAGCACAUUUGCCAGAGGAAACAAAUACUAUUACAUAGACUGAAAAGCCUGUCUAUCUACUUCCACGUUCUCCUAAAACAUCAUUUGCAUAUGCUUAAUUUUGGCAAUAAUAUUACAAGGGUAUUUCUUUCAAAAAAGGUCAGAACACUUUUAUCCAGGCAAACCAACAGAAAUAUUACUCCAUAUUGUAACUUGUGUACUUUUGGGACUAUUCAAAAAUGUUAUGUUAUGAUAUUAUCAUUAUGAAUAUUAUUAUUAUUUUUAUUUUAUUUAUCAACUCUACAGCAGCUUCUACUAUAGUAUACUGUUUUUGUGCAUUGUGAAUAAUAUGUUUUAAUUCAAACUCAAAUGGCUAGUAUGUAGUGCACUUAAAUAUGGCCAUAAAUAAAUAAAUAAAUGUGCUACCUGGGUCCAAGAGUGAAAUACUGCCCCCUCCCCCUUAAAGGAAAAAAAAGGCAUUAGGUAGGCAGCAGUUCCCCCAUAUUAGGUAGGUAGCAGUUUCCCCACAUUAGGUUGGUAGCAGUUUCCCCACAUUAGGUAGGUAGCAGUUUUCCCACAUUAAGUAGGUAGCAGUUUCCCCCACAUUAGGUAGCAUAGUUUCCCCACAUUAGGUAGCAUAGUUUUCCCACAUUAGUUAGCAUAGUUUCCCCACAUUAGGUAACAUGGAUUCUCCACAUUAAGUAGCAUAGUUUCCCAACAUUGGGUAGCAGUUUCCCACAUUGGGUAGCAGUUUCCCCACAUUAGGUAGCAGUUUCCCCACAUUAGGUAGCCGUUUCACCACAUUAGGUAGCAGUUUCACCACAUUAGGUAGCAGUUUAACCACAUUAGGUAGCAAUUUCCCCACAUUAGAUAACAGUUUGCCCACCUUAAGUAGCAUAGUCCAUAACCCCCCACCCCCCUGACACACAGAAAGAGACAUAGACAGGCACACAGACACACUCACCUGGCUUGUGCGAUGUCCCUCGUCAGACCCGGGCAGGCCGAGUUCAAUCUCACUGUGUUAAAGUGGCCACUAUGCUAUUAAGCAGCAGGGCCAUCCUGACACUGGAUCCAGGUGGCACAAAAAAAAGGGGCAGCAAAGUACCACCCUGGAAAAAGUGCCGCCUGGGACCAUGGUCCCACCGGAUCCCAUGGUAGGGCCGGCCCUGAGCCUAGGCUUUUACUGCUAUGAAUUUCAGAUGUACAGCUGCAUGUUGUUUCUAAAAACCUGUCCUAAUCUACACCAAUGAGCCGUAACAAAUAAGCCACCUGCCUGGUAUUGUCUAGAUCCCCUUCAUGCUACCAGAACACCUCUAUCCUGCCAAUGUAUGGACUUUACAAGAACUGUUCUGCCUAAUCCCGCAUCAUGAAUUUAGCAGCAAAUCUUUUAAAGGGAAUCUUUUAGCUCAUAUUUAUGAAUUUGCUAUAAAUAAAGAAAUGAAGAACAAGCAUCUCAAGAUUAGUAUAUUUUUUUUAAUAGCGGUAAGCAGCACAAGUAAUUAUGACAUCUCCUACAUACAAAGGAAAUGUAGUGAAGUAGUUCCUCUGGACUUUGCACAAUGUUCAGACAAAAGAAAAGUUCACCCGCAUCUAUAAAUAAUUUGUAUUUUUUUUACACCAAUACAUAUUACUCAUAACCUGUAAUCUAUUGAUCCAUAUUACCCCCUGUGAGUUGUUAGGUGAUACAUUAAAUUAAUCAUUGCUCAA